AUGCGGCGCCGCGCCGCCUGGGGACCCGGCCCUUCGCCCCCGCCGCCCCCCGGGCCCGGGCUCCGGCCGCUGCCGCCGCUGCUGCUGCUGCUGCUGGCGCUGGGGACCCGCGGGGGCUGCGCCGCGCCCGCGCCGCGCGCCGAGGACCUCAGCCUGGGAGUGGAGUGGCUAAGCAGGUUUGGUUACCUGCCCCCAGCUGACCCCGCAACAGGACAGCUGCGGACGCAAGAGGAGCUGUCCAGGGCCAUCACAGCCAUGCAGCAGUUUGGCGGCCUGGAGGCCACCGGCAUCCUGGACGAGGCCACCCUGGCCCUGAUGAGAACCCCUCGCUGCUCCCUUCCGGACCUCCCCGUCCUGACCCAGGCUCGCAGGAGACGCCAUACUGCAGCCCCACCCAAGUGGAACAAGAGGAACCUGUCAUGGAGGGUCCGGACGUUCCCUCGGGACUCACCGCUGGGCCGUGACACGGUGCGCGCACUCAUGUACUACGCCCUCAAGGUCUGGAGUGACAUUGCACCCCUGAACUUCCAUGAGGUGGCGGGCAGCACCGCCGACAUCCAGAUCGACUUCUCCAAGGCCGACCACAAUGACGGCUACCCCUUUGACGGCCCUGGCGGCACCGUGGCCCACGCCUUCUUCCCCAGCGACCACCACACCGCAGGGGACACCCACUUUGACGACGAUGAGGCCUGGACCUUCCGCUCCUCGGAUGCCCACGGGAUGGAUCUGUUUGCAGUGGCUGUCCACGAGUUCGGCCAUGCCAUCGGGUUGAGCCACGUGGCCACGGCACACUCCAUCAUGCGGCCGUACUACCAGGGCCCGGUGGGUGACCCGCUGCGCUACAGGCUCCCCUACGAGGACAGGGUGCGCGUCUGGCAGCUGUACGGUGUGAGGGAGUCUGUGUCUCCCACGGCGCAGACCGAGGAGCCGCCCCUGCUGCCGGAGCCCCCAGACAACCGGCCCAGCACCCCGCCCAGGAAGGACGUGCCCCACAGGUGCAGCACGCACUUUGAUGCGGUGGCCCAGAUCCGGGGUGAAGCAUUCUUCUUCAAAGGCAAGUAUUUCUGGCGGCUGACGCGGGACCGGCAUCUGGUGUCCCUGCAGCCGGCACAGAUGCACCGCUUCUGGCGGGGCCUGCCGCUGCAGCUGGACAGCGUGGACGCCGUGUAUGAGCGCACCAGCGACCACAAGAUCGUCUUCUUCAAAGGAGACAGGUACUGGGUGUUCAAGGACAAUAACGUAGAGGAAGGAUACCCGCGGCCCGUCUCCGACUUCAGCCUCCCGCCUGGCGGCAUCGACGCCGCCUUCUCCUGGGCCUACAAUGACAGGACUUAUUUCUUUAAGGACCAGCUGUAUUGGCGCUACGAUGACCACACGAGGCGCAUGGACCCCGGCUACCCCGCCCAGAGCCCCCUGUGGAGGGGCGUCCCCAGCACCCUGGACGACGCCAUGCGCUGGUCUGACGGUGCCUCCUACUUCUUCCGCGGCCAGGAGUACUGGAAAGUGCUGGACGGCGAGCUGGAGGCGGCGCCCGGGUACCCGCAGUCCACGGCCCGGGACUGGCUGGUGUGUGGAGACUCGCAGGCUGACAGCUCUGAGGCCGCGGGCGUGGACGGGGCGGACGGGGCCCGCGCCCCCCCGGGACAGCACCACCAGAGCCGCUCGGAGGACGGCUACGAGGUCUGCUCCUGCACCUCCCGGGCCUCCUCCCUCCCCGGGGCCCCGGGCCCGCUGGUGGCCGCCGCCACGCUGCUGCUGCUUCCUCACGCCCUGAUGGGUCCCCAUGCUGCUCUCACGGAUGGGAGAGUUGAGGCCCAGCUUGGGGCAAGCCUGCGUGCUACAAGCAGGGCUGGGCCAGGUCAGAGCUGGGAAAGACGCAACCAGCGGAUCUCAGCUCGGAGGACGCUGCAGGAACAGACCUCGUCCAGGGCAGCCUCCUUCAGCCCGCCCAGCCCCCGUGACCUCCGCACAUGUGAGAACUGCCGGCCCGUCCCUCUGUGGUCCAUUCCCCAGCUGUCUGCCCACACCUUCCUCGUGAAGGGACCUCGGUUCUUCGGCAGGGAUCUCACAGGGCCCUGUUAG